ACACACCUGAGCCUCCGCAAUGGGGAAAAUCACAGCAGUCACGUAGACUUGAUUGAGGUAAAAAGAAAGAAAGAAAGAAAUUAAAACAAUACUUCCUACAUAAUAUUGUGCGUGCAGUCCAGAUGUAGAAUAUUCUGGCCUUGCACAAACGUCCAUCACUGCUUUGUGAAUACUCCUCACACAGAGCAGAGCGAGUGAUACAAAAUGGCAAUGAGCUUCGGAUACCGCUGCAUAUUCAUAUCGUGCAUAAUAUGUGUAUGCAUUAUUCAUAAUGUGAAAUACCAAACUCAAGCCGUUGAUUCUGAAAGUAGAAAAGAGAAGCCACUGGGACCGUUAGAAUUUUCCUGCAGAAACUGGUACUGCGGAAAUAAGGAACGUUUGAGGUCAGAACUGGACCCAACAAUCUGGCCGGGAUAUUACGACUACAUGGGGUGUGCUUGUGACAGUGUGUGCUCGUUCUUUGGAGACUGCUGUGUUGAUGCUGAUUCAUCACAGAAGCCCUUAGCGCAGUUUCUUAAAAGUGAAAGCAGUUACAUGGGUUUAAAAAUGGAUCACUUCUCCUGUCUUAAGUUCAAUAGUAUUUCCAAAACAGACUCUGUCUAUGUGAUCAACAAGUGCCCGAAAUCCUGGGAUUUUCCCAAGUACAGGGAGCUGUGUGGAGCAGAUGUUGACUUGGACGUCUCAAAACCUGGCAACUUUUACCUUGACCUUCCGGUCACGGGGGUGAAGACAGGAGCCAUAUACCGGAAUUUGUACUGCGCCUUGUGUCACGGGGAAAGAUUUGCCCGCUGGGUUCCCAAAAUUGUCUGCUCUGGAUCUAUGGAGACUUCCUCAGGGAUGACGUCAUUAAAACUUCUGGUGAAGACACCCUGGUGUUUUUUGCAAUACGUCCCCCCGUUUGAGAGUGAGUUUACGAUACGGCCGUGUCUGCCGGGGGUUAAAGAUUUUUGUAGAUACCCCGAGAGGGUUCCUAAACUCGUCAGCGAGACUUGCAAGGAGAGCAAAGAGACUGCCAUUGUACACAGGUUUUACUACUCCUUCAAGAACCCGUCGUGUGCCAUGUGUUUCGUGGGCGACAUGGAGCAUGUUUCCUGUCACAGAUACGGCGGGACCCCGACCGUUGGACAUCCCAGAUCCCCUUACUCCUAUUCUCUUCUCUUUUAUCUCGACCGAGGCACCAAAAGGACAAUACACAAUAGCUCAGUUAGCACAACGGAGCACGAAACAAAGACUGGUGUGUGCAGCUCAGAAUCAAUAUUUGAUCCUGUAUCGAUUUCCUGCAGACACGUAGAGUGUCCCGGGAGUUUGAUAUUUCAAGGCGAUCGAUGUCGCCCAAAGAACGACUCCGUGGAAACCUCUCUCCCCGACCCCGAUAAUUCCACGUUACUGUGUCCAAAAAUUAGGUUAAAGGAAACGGAAUUCCGGUUCAACAAAACACACAUCCACGUACACGUUCAUGACGUCAUUCUCGAUCGUAGGAAAUUUGAGGUGACGACCAACGGCGUUUAUGUAUGUACGCAUGACGUCAUGGUGGUGUCUGGCAACAGUUCCGUCCACGGGUACGACAUGGAGUACGUGCUCACCCGGGCUGAGAGCAUCGUGAGCGCUUGUGGCAUCUGUGUCUCACUGCUCGCCCUUCUCCUCACCUUCUCGCUCUACUGCCUCGUGAAGCCCUCGCGAACUCUCCCAGAUAACAUCGUUGUCUCACUCGUUGUGGCUUUGUUUUUUUCCAACUCCUUACUUCUGCUGGGCGGGUUUACUUCCCCAGUGUCUGCCCUGUGUCGGGUCACUGGGGUGCUCAUACACUACAAGUUCCUCACAGCUUUUUUGUGGAUGAAUGUGAUGGCAUACGACACAUGGCGGACGUUCUCAAAGUCUUACGUCAUUUUGAGGGGAUCGAAAUCCAGAUUUAGAUGGUACAGCCUUUACGCAUGGACACUUCCCUGUCUCCCAGUUGGCGUAGCUUUUCUUCUGGACGUCUUCCUACCUACAAGCUAUGCUAGUCCUGGCUACGGCAAACUCCUGUGUUGGUUCAGUUCCAAAAUCAGCCUGCUCAUAUUUUUCGCUACCCCACUUGCGUGUGUUUUAGUUUUAAACUUUACCUUCUUCACCUUGACAACAGUGAACAUACACCGCACCAGGCAGAGUGCUGGCGUCUGCUCCACACGUCAUCACCAGGGUCAGCGGACCACUCUCAUCGUCUGCGUCCGACUGACAACUUUUGUGGGACUGACCUGGAGCCUGGGCCUGGUCAGUGGCCUGUGUCCGUCAGCUGUGCUCAGAUACUUGUUCAUCGUGCUCAACUCGCUGCAAGGCCUCUUCCUCUGUCUCUCCUGCCUGGCCACGCGGACCUUCCAAAAGCAGUUGAAGGACAAACUCAUUUCUUUACGCCGUUCUAGUGCUGCGUCCUCGGGGCUCAAGACUGUCUCUGACACCAUGGCCAAGUGAGCUGACACCAUGGCCAAGUGAGCUGACACCAUGGCCAAGUGAGCUGACACCGUGGCCAAGUGAGCUGACACCAUGGCCAAGUGAGCUGACACCAUGGCCAAGU